AUGCGCAGUGAGAUUCGCCCAGGUAGGCGUGCCUCGCCCCGCCGUCGUGCGCAUGUGCAGUCGCGGCAGGCGAGGGCGGAAAUCGGCGGGGAGGCGGGGCUGUGAGGGUCGCCCGCGGCGGACAUGGCGCCCUCCGGGAGUCUGGCGGUUCCCUCGACUGUCCUGGUUCUGUUGCUUUGGGGCGCUCCCUGGACCCACGGGCGGCGGAGCAACGUGCGCGUCAUCACGGACGAGAACUGGAGAGAGCUGCUGGAAGGGGACUGGAUGAUAGAAUUUUAUGCCCCAUGGUGUCCUGCUUGUCAAAAUCUUCAACCAGAAUGGGAAAGUUUUGCUGAAUGGGGAGAAGAUCUUGAGAUUAAUGUUGCAAAAGUAGAUGUCACAGAGCAGCCAGGUCUGAGUGGACGGUUUAUCAUAACUGCUCUUCCUACCAUUUAUCACUGUAAAGAUGGCGAAUUUAGGCGUUAUCAGGGUCCAAGGACUAAGAACGACUUCAUAAACUUUGUAAGUGAUAAAGAGUGGAAGAGUAUUGAACCUGUUUCAUCGUGGUUUGGUCCAGGUUCUGUUCUGAUGAGUAGUAUGUCAGCACUCUUUCAGCUGUCUAUGUGGAUCAGGACUUGCCAUAACUAUUUUAUUGAAGACCUUGGAUUACCAGUUUGGGGAUCAUACACAGUUUUUGCUUUAGCAACUCUGCUUUCAGGACUGUUAUUAGGACUCUGUAUGAUAUUUGUGGCAGAUUGCCUUUGUCCUUCAAAAAGGCGCAGACCACAGCCAUACCCUUCAAAAAAAUUAUUACCAGAAUCUUCUCAUCCUUUGAAGAAAGUGGAGGAGGAACAAGAAGCUGAUGAAGAAGAUGUUUCAGAAGAGGAAGGUGAAAGUAAAGAAGGAACAAACAAAGACUUUCAGCAAAAUGCCAUAAGACAACGCUCUCUGGGUCAAUCGUUGGCCACAGAUAAAUCCUAGUUAAUUUUUAUAGUUAUCUUAGUAUUAUGAUUUUGACAGAAACAGAAGAUGGAUUGUUUCUUUUGGUUUGAAGUGAACUGUGACUUACUUGUAUAUUGCAGGGUUCAGUCUAGAUUGUCAUUAGAUUGAACAGUGUACAUUCAGAACAUAAAAGCACUGGGCAUAAAUUUUGAAAUAGCAUUUAAGCACAAUAUGGUGAUUUAAGCAGUUAUUUAAUUUUUGAAAAAUCUGGUGCCAAGCAAUAAGAUUUGUGUAUGUUUAUUUGAUAAUAACUUGUUUCAAGUUUUGUUUCAAGAGUUUUGAAAAUUUACAUUUCUCAAAUAUUACAUUAUUGGGGUAUUUAUUAUUACUUUAGAGAAAAACAUUUCUCAUUUGAUAUAAUUUUUCUCAGUUUCACUGUGUGAAAAAAAGACAAUAUUUCCCAUAAAUGGGAACUUUACCCAUUGUCUCGAGAAAUGUAUAUUUCAAUGACAACUCCAUGGUCUUUUUAGACAUGGACUUCAAUAUUUCCUCAUUUUUGGAUUAUGCAACUAAUAAAAACUACCUUAUAGUAAUUACAGUUUUCUACACAUGAUAAUACAGGAUAUGCUACUGAUGUAGGAAGUUUUUAUUAAGUCCAUGAUAUUCUCUUGAUUCCUUUAGAAUUUAUUUCCUUUUUUGUAUUUUUCUUAUUUGCUAUGGCUUACAUUUUUCAAGUUGGAUGAUAAUUUCUCAGAAGUAUUUUUUAUGUUUUGGCACAGUACUUUUUUUUUUCCUGAAGUUUACUGAGACAUUUAUCAGGUUGAGCUGUCUGUUGACAAUGAACAUUUUGGCCACUCAUUUCAGAUUUUACAUCAUUCUUGCU